AUGACAGUGAAUAAAGAGUCGAAUAUUUUACAAUAUUUUGCGACAAUUGCUGCAUGUUUGUCAGCACUUGCUUCAUCAGCCAUGAUGGCCUGGACAAGUCCAACUUUUCACAAAUUAGAGAAAAAUAAUCCAGUUGCUGACGACAAUCCAUUUGGUCAUGCAAUUACAGCUGAUGAAAGUUCUUGGAUUUCAUCACUACCAAUACUGGCUACAGUUUUAGGUUGUUUCUUUUUUGGAUACCUUGCUAAAAGAUGGGGACGUAGAAAAUCUUUGUUGUCUUGUGUUAUACCAUUCUCCAUAAGUUGGAUAUUUGUUGGACUCGCUAAAAGUAUAACAACAUUGUGCAUAGGAAGAAUCAUUGGAGGAUUCGCCAUAGGUGCACCAUUAUCAGUUAUACCAAUGUAUACUGCUGAAAUAAGUGAUAAAUCCAUAAGAGCAACACAGGGUAAACAUGAAAAAAUGAUUCAAGUUUUAAUUAAAUUUCGUGGUAAUAUUGGCAGGAAUUUUAUUGAAGCUGAAGCUGAUGAAAUUGAAGAUUGUGUUCAAGCUGCUGCAAAACUUGAAACUAGUAUCAUGGAUAUAUUCAGAAUACCAAGUAAUCUUAAAGCACUUUGGUACAGUUGUAUAGUGUUUACAUUUAAAAAUUUUUCCGGUGCUGUUGUCGUUUUAAAUAAUGCUGAAUCAAUUUUUACUGCAACUGGUGUUAGUGAUUCAGUUUCACCAGCAGUUUCUGUAAUAAUAAUUGGAGUUGUUCAACUUGUUUUUUGUUGUAUAACACCAUUGUUUGUUGAUAAUUGGGGAAGGAAAAUAUUGUUAAUUUUAUCAGGCAUUGGUGAAACACUGAGUCUUGCAGCACUUGGAUUAUAUUUUUAUUUAUCUGAAAAUGCUAAUAAUGGUGAUGGAGAUGUGAGCGGUAUCAGUUGGUUACCGAUCACUUCAAUGAUAUUUUUUUUCGCUACAUAUAGUAUUGGCUGGGGACCAUUACCAUGGAUAGUUAUGAGUGAAAUGUUUGCAUCUGAUAUUAAAACAAAAGCUUUUGGUAUUAUUAUAACCGUCAAUGGGCUUGUAGCAUUUUUAAUACUUAAAUUUUUUCCAACUAUUGUUGUUCACUAUGGCAUGCACAGUGUAUUUUGGCUGUUCUCAAUUAUUUGUUUUAUCGGUAUUUUGUUUACCAUAUUUGUACUUCCUGAAACUAAAGGAAAAAGUUUAAAAGAAAUUCAAAAACAACUUGGUAGUCAUGAUGUUUAA